GAAUUUAUCAGAGGUGUAGAUUGCGAGCUUAUUUUUCUUUCCGCUGUAAAUAUAUUUCUUUCCUUCACUGCAUUUCUGGGGAACACUCUGAUCCUAGUUGCCCUUCACAAGGAAACUUCACUUCAUCCGCCGUCCAAACUCCUGUAUCGUAACCUAGCGAUAACUGAUCUCUGUGGUGGCAUCACUGGACAGCCUUUGAAUGUGACUUAUUGGAUUUCUGUGGUGACGGAAAGAUGGAAUUCGAAUAUUUGCUAUAAUUACGGACUUCGGGGAUCACGUUUCUCAGGUUAUACUUUGUGUUCAGUGUCUUUAUUAACAUCUACUGCAAUAAGCGUGGACAGACUUCUCGCGUUGUUGCUGGGGCUCAGAUACAGACAAGUUGUAACUUUGAAACGAACAUUUAUAGCCGCAAUCGGUUUUUGGAUUGUGUCCAUUGUCGCUUCGUCAACUUCAUUUUGGAACCCUCUUAUAACUUCAUGGUAUCAAUACAUAGGUACAGCUCUGUGUCUGGUCACCACAAUCUUCGCUUACACCAAAAUUUUCUUUUCUCUACUUCAUAAUCAAAUUCAUGUUCAGAACUAUGUCGCUCAAGGACAACCGAGCCAAGCAAUUCCAUUGAACAUAGCUCGAUACAAAAAGGCGGUGUACAGUGCAAUGUGGGUGCAGGGAACAUUGGUUGCAUGUUAUGUGCCGUUUGGUAUAGUGGUAGCUUUGACACCUCAACAAGGGAUGGCUUUAUCGGUAUACCUCUCUAGACAAUUUACGGCUACCUUAGUGUAUUUAAACUCGUCAUUAAACCCGUUGCUGUACUGUUUGAAGAUCAGAGAAGUAAGGCGAGCUGUAAAAGAAACAUUAAGGCAACUAUUCUGUCGAUCGAGUUAG